GGUAAAUCACCGCUAUGGAUUCAAUUCCUGAUUAAUUUGUUGAAGAUUUGGUUCUUUGUUUAUGAUUGCCUUAAUUAUAUUCCUUAUGCAUUAUUCAAUUCACCAGCUGCCAAACUACAAAAAAGUCGCCGUAUUAAGGUUUGCAAUCUCGAUGGUCCUUGGAGACAUGUUGAUGGUCCGAAGACUGAAAAUUUCCCUGGUAAAGAUACAGUUGAUAAACUUUUCACAGAAGUAGUUGAUAUUUACGAGGACAAAGACUUACUUGGAACUCGUGAUCUACUCGAGGUGCAUGAAGAGAAGCAACCAAAUGGGCGUAUUUUUGAAAAGUGGGUGCUUGGAAAGUACCAUUGGCAGACAUACAGAGAGGUAUACAAUCGAGUAGGAUUUAUCGCUGCUGGAUUAAGGCAAAUAACUGAUGGCAAAGAAAAAGAUUCAAAAGUUGUGAUCUUCGCAGAAACAAGAGCAGAUUGGUUAAUUACUGCAUUAGCAUGUUUCCGUGUCAGUAUUCCUGUGGUUACAGUUUAUGCAACACUUGGAGAAGAGGCGAUUUCUCAUGCAAUUUGUGAGACGGAAUCGAAUAUUAUCGUAACAUCUGCAGAACUAUUGAAUAAAGUUAUCCCUGUUGCAGAAAAAUGUCCUUCGCUUAAGGCUGUCAUUUACUUUCUUCCUAUUGAUAAAUCGAAAAAAAUGUUAAACUUGGACCCUUUGUAUGAAAAAUUCCGCCACGUCUUAUCGCUUAAUGAAUUGGAAAAUCUUUCGAAAUCAUUUGCCAAGAAAGAAGAUAUUGCAAUGAUUAUGUAUACUAGUGGUACAACAGGUGCGCCUAAGGGCGUUAUGAUAACGAAUCAAAACAUAGUUGCAUCUAUUGCUGGAAUAAGCGCUGGAGUAUCAAUUCUUUCAGAAAAUGAUACAUAUAUUGGUUAUUUGCCGUUGGCUCAUAUCCUUGAAGUGAUCGCUGAAUUCAGCUGUUUAACUUCUGGUUGUCGAAUUGGGUACUCUAGUCCACUCACUCUUCACGAUCGUGGUGCAAAGAUUAAGGCAGGAACUCAUGGUGAUUGUUGGGCAUUACAGCCGACAUUAUUAGCUGCUGUUCCGGCUAUCAUGGAUCGAAUUUUCAAGGCUGUUACUGAGGAAGUAGGAACCGCUCCGCGUUUAAUGCAAGAACUUUUUAAGCUUAAUUACGAGCGCAAGCGUGCACGUUAUCUAGAAGGAUACUGCAGCCCUUUCCUAGACAGGAUUGUCUUCAAAAAGAUCCGUAAGCUACUUGGUGGAAAACUUCGCGGAGUACUUAGUGGUGGUGCUCCUUUAAACCCCGAGACUCAGCGCUUUAUGAAUAUAUGUAUGUGUUGUCCUGUCAUACAAGGUUAUGGACUUACUGAAACUAGUGCAGCCGCUACUAUUGCCGAUGUAAACGAUUUGAGCACUGGAACUGUUGGACCACCAGUAAGAAGCUCACAAAUAAUUCUGCGAGAAUGGGCUGAAGGUGGUUAUACUCCAUUUAACGAUCCACCGCAAGGAGAAAUUUUGAUUGGAGGACCGAAUGUGGCUCUUGGUUAUUGGAAACAGCCGGAAAAAACAGCAGAAGAUUUUGUUGUAAUUGAUGGAGUGCGUUAUUUCGCGACAGGAGAUAUCGGAGAAGUUAGAGAAGAUGGAUCCUUCAAAAUUAUUGAUCGUAAAAAAGAUCUAGUUAAAUUGCAACAUGGCGAAUAUGUUUCACUUGGUAAGAUAGAAACUUCCUUAUUAAAUUGUCCUCUGGUCGACAAUAUUUGCGCUUAUGGAUGUUCAAUGGGAAACUAUGUUGUCGCUUUAAUAGUGCCAAGUCAAAAAUCGUUAAAAUCUAUUGCCGAAGAGAAUGAAGAGUUAAAAGUCGAGUACAAGAAGCGAUUAGAUCUCCAUGCGAUUAAAAACAACCUUGGGAAAAUGGAAGUACCGAAGAAAAUAUAUUUAUGCGAUGAAGUUUGGACUUCGGAAAGUGGCCUAUUAACCGAAGCAUUAAAACUGAAACGUCGAUCUAUUAAAGAAAAAUAUGAUCAAAUUUUGAAAGAACUAUAUUCCAAAAAUGGUCUAUAA